AACAACGUGAACGAUGGCUCUUGCCAGAAACAACGUCGCCGUCGACGAUCACGAGAACCCGCUAUGUAAAUGUGGACUUCGAGCAAGGGUCAUCACCUCCCGUGGUAUAACUCAUCCUGACCGCGACUAUUACCGUUGUCCAAAGGAACGAAACGACCCUACUCUCUGUCGUUUGUUUGUCUGGGUGGAUGAAGCGAUCAUGCCAACGCUCAAACGAAACUUAGCUACCGACGCUGAGCAAGAAUCGCCUUCAAAGCGAACACGGACGGCUCUACCACCCACCACUCCAAUCAAGAAACCUUAUUCCAACUUUCCUUCAACCCCUGCUAGUAAGCAGAAGCGUAUUGAAGAUAUUAAGAGUGGUCUUACGUCCCCGACAACUCCAACUACGGACAGCAAGAAGAACAGGCUCGAGCAGAACGAGCGCGACGGUGACGUUUUUUCAUCACCAUCGUCAUCGUUGCGGCAAAGGGAAUAUGUGCUGCCACCUGUGAAGCAGGAGGGAGACGAUGAGGCACCUGUUCCUCAGGCUAAUUUGCCCACGCCCGGCUCAAUACAAACGAGCCUCGUAGACGCCACCGAGUCAAUUCUAAAUGACAUGACCGUACUUAGGGACGAGGUCGCAACGAUAUGGAGACUCAAAGUAGCUGCAGAGCGUGGUAGGGAUGCCAAAGCGAGGAGAAUUGAGCAACUCGAGGCAAGGGUUCGUGAGCUCGAAACAGAAAACGAGAGGUAUGUAUGUCUUUUCUCUGUUUUGUGUUGUAACUUCUCAUAUCUCGAAGGCUGAAAAAUCGAGCCUGAUUUAUAUAGUGUUGAAGAAGGCUAAUAUUUGUACCCGAUUAUUCAAUUUCAGUUC